AUGAAUUAAAACGAUUCGAUUAAUUAAGUGACUUAUGCUACACAAUUUAAAACAGGAAUAGGCACUAUGGCCUAUGAAAGAUCCUUCUAUACAGGAAGAGAAGAUAUACAAUAGAAGGAAAAUAGUUAUCAAAAAGUUUAAUAAAAAGACAUCUCUUUUGAAGAUAGUCGAAUUACUAAAUUGAUAAUGGAAUCACAUAAAUUAAUAGAAAAUUUUAGGUUAUAAUUGAUGCUUGUAAUAACUGCUUUAUGGUUUAUAGAGGUAAUAAUAUCUUUUAUAAUAGAUUGAUGAUGAAUUAUUCAUUGAAAAACAAGGAUCAGAUUUAAUACUAUGGCUUACAUUUUCUUUAAAUUUGAUUCUCAUCAUAUUCACUUAUUUGAGUUACCUCACUUUAAUGAAUUAUUGGAAAUCAACACUACUUAUUCCUAAAGAUUAAUCAUUCUUUCACUCUGAUCAAAUCAAACCAUGUUUAAUAGAAAUUUUAUUCCUAUUAAUAUUCCCUACAGUAUUUACUCGUGGUAAUUAAAAUAGUUUUAUAUAGAAAUGCAUAUAACCUUUACUAUAAAAAACAAUGAAUAUUAUUAUACAGUUAAUGAAAUUAUAAUAAUGAUAAGUACUUUGCGAUCAUUCUAAAUAUUAUUUAUACUUUUGAGAUUAUGCAGAUUUUAUAAUAGCUAAACAUAGAGAUUAUCAUUAAAUUAUGGAAUAUCAAUGACUCCACAAUUUCUGUUCAAGUAUAUGAUUCUUUCUUAACCAACAACAUUAAUUAUAUCAAUCUUUAGUGUAACAUUUUGGUAUUGUACAAUAGCGAUGUGGAUAGCAGAAAAAUCAUUGUAGAGAGAAAAUUUAUAAACAAUUUAAUUAUUGUAAUUUAUUAAAAAUUAGAAUUAGUAAACAUUGUUUUUUAGAAGUUAUUUUAUCUCUUUUGGCUUAUGCUUAUGAAGAUUAUGUUCCAAUAACUAAUUUAGGGAGAAUCAUUUUAUCUUAUGCUGCUUAUGCUGGCUUUGUUAUGGUUUCAAUUCUUAUAAGUGCCAUUAUUCAAGCAUUUGAAUAGGAUUAUGGAGAAUAUUAAGCAUGUGUUUUACUUGAUAAAUUAUUAAUGAAAGAGAAUAUGUAUUAAGUAACUAGUAAUAUUGGAGAAUAAUUUUACUAUAUUAUGAAGUUUGAUAAGAAUCCUUUUACAUACAAUAGAGUUAAAAUAAUUCAAAAUGAAUUGAAAGAAUUCUAGAUGUUAAAAAGAUAAUAUAAAAGUAUAAUCUCUGAGAAUAUUACGAAUUUAUUUAAAAGAAGAACAAGAGAAUCUAACGAUAUUUUAGAUGAAUUAUAAGAUGUUAUGAAGAUGUCAAAAUAUUAAAAUAAGCAAAUAUAUGAAAUGCUUGAAGAAUUGAUUUCCUUAUAAAAUUAUCAUUAUCACAAUUGGUAUGAUUGA